GGACAGCACUAAUCUUUAACUAUGAUAAAACAUUGUUUUGCAUAUGUUCUGUUGCUAACUAGAAAUUGUGAGAAUUAGUGAGUCAGGGACUGGAAAGCUUUAUAAAGCAAACAUAUACUAUAUAAAGAUGAAGCAAGUGCGUGUCAGAGUGCAAAGACGACUUUUCUAAAGACAAGUGAACAUGAGACUGGAGAACCUCCCAUUUCUCCUGUUAUUAUGUGCAGCACUUUCUUAUGCUUUUCCUGCAGAUGCAAGGCAGAAGAAAGAAGACAUACAGCUUAUCCAGAAGUACCUGGAAAAUUACUAUGGAUUUAAGAAAGAUGGGGAAUCUUUCAUUUGGAAAAAUAAUAGUCCAAUGACCAAGAAAAUAAAAGAAAUGCAGGAAUUCUUGGGUCUGAAGGUAACAGGGAAGCUGGAUUCUGGCACUUUGGAUCUGGUACAUAAACGUCGCUGUGGGUUCCCUGAUGUAGCUGGGUUCUCUACCUUUGCAGGAGAGCCAAAAUGGGCAAAAAAGGUUCUGACAUACAGGAUAUUAAACUACACACCAGACCUACACCCAGCAGAUGUCAAUGCAGCGAUCAAGAAAGCAUUAAAUGUUUGGAGCAGUGUGACACCAUUGAAAUUCAUCAAGAAGGACAGAGGUGAUGCAGACAUAAUGAUCUCCUUUGCAGCCAGAGGUCACAACGACUUCAUACCCUUUGAUGGCCCAGGAGGGUCUGUUGCUCAUGCCUACGCGCCUGGCAAGGACUUUGGUGGAGAUGCUCACUUCGAUGAGGAUGAAACCUGGACCAAAAGCACAGAGGAUACGAACCUAUUUUAUGUUGCUGCCCAUGAGUUUGGCCAUUCACUGGGACUUUUCCAUUCCAAAGACCCUAAUGCUCUGAUGUACCCAGUUUAUAGGAAAUCUGACCCGUCAGUAUUCCCUCUUCAUCAGGACGAUAUUAAUGGCAUUCAGCACCUCUACGGACCAUCUUCUAACACCCACAGUGACCAAAGGGAAUCUGCUGAGAUAGAAGACACAACUGAGCCAAAAGAUCCUGCACUGACAAACACCUGUGGCCUCAAUUUAACUUUUGAUGCUGUCACCACUUUCCGGGGAGAAAUAGUGUUCUUUAAAGACAAGCAUUUUUGGCGCAAGCAUCCUGCAGUAAAAACAGCUGAUUUAAAUUUUAUAUCUUCAUUCUGGCCACGGCUGCCACCUGGUGUUGAUGCUGCAUAUGAAAUUCCUGAAAAAGAUGAAACUGUCAUUUUUAAAGGGAAUGAAUUCUGGAUUGUGAGAGGAGAUAUCAUACUUCCUGGACACCCCAAAAAAAUCUACACCCUGGGUUUUUCAAAGGAUGUUACCAAAAUUGAUGCUGCUGUUUAUAAUGCAAAUGAGGGGAAAACAUAUUACUUCAUAGGGGACAAAUUUUGGAGUUACGAUAAAAGAAGUCUGUCUGUGGAUAGGAAGCCCAUACUGAUAAGAAAUGCUUUCCCUGGAAUUAAGGGGAAGAUCGAUGCUGUUUUUCAACAUGAAAACUUUUUUUAUUUCUUCUGUGGAAGAAAGCAAUUUGAGUUUGAUCCUGAUAAGAAGAGAGUUACACGCCUCCUAAAGACAAACUUCUGGUUUCCAUGUUAAGAAAACUAAAUCUGUAACGGUGUGGGAAAAAAUGUAGUGUUAUUGCACUAGAAACAGGUUUUCUUUUAUAAAUAUAUGGAAUGUAUAGGUACGUCAACAUUAGCCAGCAAACCUCAGCCCCUGCACAAUCUGUGUUUCUGUACAUAACAGAAUAAUAUUUAACAUACUGUUGUGUAUGUAUGUACAUAAUUAACAUCAAGACUGCUAGUUUACCAAAGAAGAAUGCAGUAUUUACUUUUGAUCCAAAA